CUUUGUAAAGGCCAACAAUUAUCCGACAUUCCUCAGGAGUGGUCAUUGUGAAGCACCUGCGUGAUCUCAUUAAGACGCACACAAUCCGAAGACGAUGACCCUAAGUCAAACAUGACUUGAUCAAUCCCUCUCUUAAUUGGAGGUCAAUUAUGUCCUGCAACUGAUCAGGCAGGAAAGCUGAAACUAUUCCGUGGACCACAGUGUCGUAUUGAGCAAUGUCUUACCAGCUUUUACCGGGGAAAUCAUUGCGUUUUCUUGGUGGCUACAUGAAAACAGAGAGAAACUGUUGCUCAUUGCGUCGGUUUUUUCUCAAAAAGAGCAUGCAAAUAAAAACCUGCUACACAGCAACUAGGAAGCUAUGGCUGACCAUUUUAGUGAUACUUGCAAUCUUGUCAGGGUUGCACCUUGGCAUGAGAAGCUCGAUGAGGUGGACAGAUCCUUACAGAUUGCGGCAUCUAAUUCAAAUAAAAGACGUGCGUGAAGUCAUUGACGACUCGACAGUCGAAUGGGAUGUACUGGAAGCGGAUGAUGAAUGCACAGAAGAAAGUAUCGAUGAGGACGAACUGUCUUCUUAUGGAAAACCGAUUUAUGGGAAGAAUAACACUGUGUUAUACCUGAGCAUCCCCAAGACUGGUACGCGUACGGUCGUGUGGGCAUUAGAGCGCCUACGAGAAAUACACCACUUUGGAAACCUGGUACCCAUCGACUACUUGAUUGAGAAUAACAUAACUUCAGAAGUUAACAAGUAUAUGACGUCGAAAAUAGCGGAAUCUGAAGAUGGCGCUGUCCUCCACGGCCAUUACCGCUAUAUCGACUUGAGUCGAUCACCGAAGAAACUGAUUCUGAUGAGCAUGAUACGAGACCCAAUUGAUCGAUUUGAAUCUCACUUCUACUUCUUGCGGCACGGUGACGUAACGUCGGACAAAGAAAAGCUCUUGAAGUUGUUCGACCGGCCUGACUCAAAAUUAGCACUUCCAAACGAGACGCUUGAUGACUGUGUCGAGAAAAACAGAAGAGAUUGCACUCACGAUUUAUUUCGUCACAUGUAUAUUACAUCAUUCUGUGGAUACGCCCCCGGUUGCAGCGAAUCUCCAUCGUUUGCCUUCCAUGAAGCUAAACGGAAUGUUGACAAGUUCCUUGUGAUUGGUGUAACAGAAGAGUAUGACCUCUCUAUGGCCGUAUUCGAAAAACUACUUCCGGAGACAUUUGGAGGGGUAGCAAAAAUAUAUGAGGAGGGCAAAAGUCGACCGAUGACACUAUUCAAAACGAAUUACAAGAAGCAUCCUUCAGACAAAACCUAUUCCAUUUUGAAACAGCGAAUGAAAUACGAGUACCAAUUUUAUUAUUAUGUGAAGAAACGACUGCACAGAGUGGCAAGAAGACUGGGCAUUUGGAACUGUUCUGACGUGUAACAGAUAAACUUGAAAUAUGUAUCACCUUUGAAAAGCAUAUUUUGAUUAAAAAAACUGUUGUUCAUGCAGGGCUUCUUUGUACGUUUCUGCUGAGCAUGCUGAGCAAGGGUUAGCCAAUGAGCAAUAUUCUUUUCUUUUCGGAGCAUCAACACGGAGAACAUACUUUUUAUUGGUAUAAGGUCUGUCUGUUAACAUUUUUGGCAGAAUAUAAUUUCGAUAUUUUCGAUUUGUUUUAGAUUUGUUUGAUUCCUUUUUUUUAAUUAGGCCUUAUUUCGAAAAAAACCCCACCCUUUUUUAAAUGAAUGGUACUGAAGUUGAUCUCUCCUGUUUUUGUCGAAUUAUGUGUUUGACUUUGUUUUAAUUUGACAUAGAUUUCAAAAUAGAAAUUAUGCUCCUCUCCUAUGAAAUUU